AUGUCCGUUGAUCCUGCCAAAUUAGAUGCUCUCCCAAAGGCAAAAGCCGAGCAACUUAUACUCAGUCAACUCCCAGAUGUUCCCCCAGUCUCUCAGCUUUCUGGCUUCUUCUUCCUCAAUCUUUUAGCCAUUCCCCUCCUCAUCAUCCUGGCACUCACCAUCAUUUGCUCAAAACGAAUUCACCGCCAUCCCGUAAGCUGGAUCUUCUUCUUUGCCAUGGCUUUCUCCUCUUUCUGUUAUUCCUUCUUGAUUUGGGCCGGUGAGCCUCGCAACAAGCACCCCUCUGACAAUGUCAGAGUUGCUAGUGCUGUCUUGGCCAUCAUAUCCCCCACCGUUGAAGGCGGUGUCACUUUAGCUCUCGUUGUAAAGGUCUGGACUGUCCUCGUCGAUCUCGUUGAACCCCGCUACGUACGCCCAAUUGCCAAGCUAUUCUCUUACGACCCUUUCCUCCUCUCCUUCACCUGGAUUAUCACUUUCCCCAUCCUCAUCUACGCCGCUGUCGUGGCCUCUGACAACGUCCGUUGGGUGCAAAGGCUUCACUUCUACUGCACCAUCCUCCCACAGAAGAACGACAUUCACGUUACCGCUAUGCUUAUUUCAAUGAUCGAGCUCGCUCUCACAAUCAUCUUCUCCAUAUGGUCCUCCAUCCUCUACUUCAGCGUGAGCAGGACCUUACGCCGGAAGGGCAGCUCCGAGAUCAACGCCGAUCUCAUAUUCCGCGUAAUGACUUUCACAUGCUGGAUCAUCAUGACACUCGUUAUAUCCGCAAUCGAGUACAGCACACGCACCAUACACGUCCCACUCGCCAUUCUUGUAAGCACUAACCCCAUUGCAGCCUUCUUCAUCUUCGCAUCGCAGCGCGACAUGCUCAAGGUGUGGGGUAUUGGAAGUUUGGCGAGAUACUUCAACUGUACACAGUCGACGGAUUAUACGGGCAGCAGCGACCGCAGAUCCUCUCGCGCUAUCACUAAUCUCACCAACGAACGUGAAAUGGAUGAGGUCGAUGUCGAUCCAUCGUCACGCAAAGAAUUUAGCAAACUGUCUAGCGUCGAUGACUUCCAUAAUAGCGAGUAUGAUAUCGACGUUGAGCGUUCGGAUAGAGAGAUAGACAGACAACUGGAUGCUAAAGAUCCAGAUAUUUACGGCGGCUUGGAUCGAGGUGAAGAAGGUGAAGGUGAAGAUGAAGUACAGGUCGUUCACAAGCGGGCGUCGCAGGGAAAUCACGGUACACAUGGCAGAGGCCAGAAUGAGAGGUAUAUCCCUAGUCGCGGCCACAGCGACGACCAAAAUCAUACGCAGACGGCAGAAGUGAACGAAAUUGGCGAAAUCACCUCUCCAUUCGCCACACCAGUGCACACACCGACAGACACACCCACUUACACGCCCUCUUCGCCAGCAACGAGUUUAACGCACGGGCAGGCAAGUAGCGCGGGGCACACAGACACGGUCAUGGGCCAUAAGAGGGAGUCGAGCAUCCCGCAUCGCAAGCCAGUACCUUCGUUUGCCAGCUAUGAACUUCCACCCGUGCCUUCGCCCACGUCGGCCACCUCCGCCUCUGCAUCUGCUUACAGACCGGCUUUGAACAGGAACGGGUCUAGGGGAGCUGGUGCAACAGGCGCCUCUUCAGGCCCGUUGCAGCAGCAGUAG